AUGGGGCUCACAGACAAGCUGCCUCAUGCUCAUCACAGCACAGACGACAACGAAGAGCCUCCUCCGUUGAACCCUCUUGCUCCAAGAGCUAAGAUCAACCCUAGCAAUGACUCCAUCGCAUCAGGGACCAGGCCGGCUUGCUUUACGCCCCUCCAGCUUGGAGGAAUACAUUCACCAAGCUCUAUUUCCAUUGCUGAUUCCGACCGCUCUCAUGACACGGUCUUCUCUGGACAAGAUAUUAUCCGGGACCUCAAGGCCGAAAUUCUGGCUAACUGGCUGCAUACCAAGCAAGAAGAGCGAGUAUGGACAUUUGGUGCAUCCGGAGAGGGCGUUUUCAUGAAAAGAGCAAAGGGUAGCUAUGCUUGCGCGCCUCAGGGUGUUCAAAAUGACGGCACUGGCCUGUACCAAGCAGUCGUUGAGCUAAACGUCCGCUGCGCCAUGACCGUCAACACCAGGGUCAUCAAGUAUAUCCUAGACCGCACCAGUGCACCUUACGUCCAGAUUCAAUCUGGUCUUCGUCUGCAAGUCAUUCCCGACUUUGAGGCUCUUCCCUUUUGUCAAAGAGGUCAAUCGGCUGCAUUUGUUGCUUCGCGUGGGAUGUUGGUCGUAUGGCAAGACGACCCAAAGAUGUUGAUCGAACGAGCCGAGUUCAUCAUCAACGCCUUGAUGAGAAUGAUGUGCGGAUCUGAGUACGGCUAUGAUGCACAGGACGUUGAGCUAGAGAAAGUUCUCGGCAAGAAUCCCGUGGUCGACGUUGAGGACUACGAUGAAGUCUUUGAUCCCACCGGAGGCAAGGAAGAGGGACCUCGAAAGAUCAAGCUGUGGCAGUCAGCCUACUGUGGAAUGUCAAUCUUGCUGCUGACAACCGCCAUCGGAUCCGGAUGGAGGCAGAUUGCGAUUCAGGAAGUCCAAGCUUACGACAUGCUCCGAAUGCUUUUCCUGCUCUGUCUGCCCGCUCAAAUUUGGCUUUCAUUGUUCUUCUUCCAAGCUGUGGUGGGAAAUGUGGCACAAAUCUUUGGUCCCACAGAUCAGAUGAAUGAGAACAGCAGAUACUACUCUGGCAAGGCGCCGAAGCGACUUCAUCGCGAUACUUAUGGUGGACCGCUUCCACACGUCACUGUACAAAUGCCUGUCUACAAGGAAGGUCUGCGCACUGUGAUUGAACCGACUGUUCGUUCGCUCAAGCAAGCCAUCUCCACUUACGAGCUGCAAGGAGGAAGUGCGAACAUCUUUAUCAACGAUGACGGAAUGCAACUUCUCUCAGCCGAGGAUGCUCAGGAUCGUCAGGAGUUUUACGAUGAACACGGCAUUGGCUGGGUGGCUCGACCAAGACAUGACCCAAAGGGUGAAUAUGGACCGAGGCCCUUCCUUCGUCCCGGUAAGUUCAAGAAGGCGUCUAACAUGAACUAUGGACUUCGCAUCAGCUGCAGAGUGGAGGAAAUUCUCAACCAGACCCCGCGAGGUCAGUCAUGGAGUCAGCUGGAGGAAAACAUGGCCUACAAGGAAGCCAUGGAGACUGCCAUGAACGAGCAUGCUGGCGAAGCCUGGGCAGAUGGAAAUAUCCGCAUAGGCGACUACAUUCUUUUGGUCGAUUCGGACACUCGUGUGCCCAAGGACUGCCUGCUCGAGGCUGUCAGCGAGAUGGAGCAAAGCCCCGAAGUCGCGAUUCUGCAAUUCUCUUCCGGAGUCAUGAACGUGACCAACAACUUCUUCGAGAAGGGCAUCACCUUCUUCACCAAUAUGAUCUACACCAUGAUCCGGUUUGCCGUGGCUGGUGGCGAUGUCGCGCCGUUUGUCGGACACAACGCUAUUCUCCGGUGGUCUGCAGUCCAGAAGAUUGCGCACCACUGCAAGGACGAAGACGGCCGCAUGUACGACAAAUUCUGGUCCGAGGAGACGGUCUCCGAGGACUUUGACAUGAGUCUGCGGCUUCAGAGUGUGGGCUACAUUAUCCGUUUGGCGUCGUACAAGGGCGACGGCUUCAAGGAAGGUGUCUCGAUUACGGUUUACGACGAGCUUGCUCGAUGGGAGAAGUACGCAUAUGGCUGCAACGAGCUCAUCUUCAAUCCUUUUAUCAAAUGGUUCACCAGGGGUCCUUUUACCAAGCUCUUCCGAACAUUCCUCUUCUCCAACAUGCCACUGGCUUCAAAAAUUACCAUCAUGGCUUACAUCGGUACCUACUACGCCCUGGGCUGCGCGUGGAUCCUGACGAUGCUGAAUUACUUCCUGAUUGGAUUUUUCAACGGAUGGCUCGAUCAUUACUACAUCAAUUCGUUCCGCGUCUACUUCGCCAUUGUGCUCGUCUUUACGGUCCUGGGUAACGUGUCGCUCGCCGUGCUGCGCUAUCGCAUCGGCGAAGGCUCCAUCCUGGGCGGCUUCCUGACGAACCUGAAGUGGAUUCCGCUGCUCACGAUUUUCCUCGGCGGCAUCUCGCUGCACGUCUCGCAGGCGCUCGUGUGCCACUUUCUCAGCAUCCCGCUGGAAUGGGGGUCUACGUCCAAGGAGUCGGAGCACGUGUCCUUCUUCGUGGCCAUCAGCAAGGUGCUGCGCCGCUUCAAGUGGAGCUUCAUGUUUUGCUUUGGCAUGACGGCGGUAAUGCUGACCAUGGCGUUUGCGCUGCCAGAGGACUGGCGCAUCCGCACCCUCAUUGCCGUGUGGCCCAUGGGCACAAUCAUCGUCAGUCACUUCCUGCUGCCCAUUGUGCUCAACCCGCAGUUGAUGACUUUCACUUGGUGA